UAGAGAGAGAGAGAGUUAAAAGUUGAUGAAAGAAUGAAAUGGGUGAGAGAGAGAGAGAAAUUCAAUCCGAUCCAAUGCAAGUUUGACGUCCGCCAUAAAAACCCACACCCAGUACACACACUUUCCCUUUCUCUCUCUUCUCUGUUCAUCUUUCUCCCUCUAAAAAGCUUUGCUCAAUACAACUGCGUCUUUGAUUUUGACAAGACUUUUAUUGCAGCUACUAUCCAUAUGUACACUUGAGUAUCUGUCUAUACUUUUGUUUUCUUGAUUCGGGGUAUCUCUGAGGGGAAUUAAUUUGAUUUGUUUGAUUAAUUGAUGCUUGAAAAAGAGACGAGUACAAAGAGUGCCGUGUUUUAACUUCAAUUUCGUGGAUUUAACACCGGUGCUGCUAAUCUUGCUUUGGUAUUGAUAGCGCAGGGUGUGAACGAUUGUCACUUGAAUUUGAAUAGAAGAGCGGCAAAAGUUAGGAUGUUCAGGGAUAAAGUUAGCUUCUUUGAUUUCAUAGAAUCUUUUUCUCAACUUGAAUUAUGCGAAAUACACAAGCAUGUCCUCAUGCUUGAGGCUUAUCCCUUUGCCUUAAGUUCAUUGCAGACCUUCCAAAGAUUCUAACAUUGGUUGACUGUGUGUGUAUUUUGAUAGUGAGUUCUAUAAUUUUUUCUGAGUGUGUAGUCCAUUCGCAGUUUAAUGAGGUGAAGGUUUUAGAUUAAUGUUUCUUGGAAGUGUAAUCUGUAGUGUGUAUUAAGAGUCUUGUAAUUUGGACUGUGUUGAUUUCAGCAAAUUAUGAUGCCUCAAGGGCCUCCCACACCGCUUGGUGGAGGCCAGCCCAUUCCACCUUCUUUGUUAAGAUCAAAUUCUGGGCUGUUGGGUGGUCAAGGGGCUGGAAUGCCUUCACAGAAUGCAUUUUCAUCUUUGGUUUCGCCGCGCAAUCAGUUUAAUAACAUGAACAUGCUCGGAAAUGUUCCCAAUGUCUCAUCUUUGCUCCAUCAGUCAUUUGGAAAUGGGGGUCCAGGUUCAGGGCUCCCUGGUCCUGGGAGCUCCCAGAGGGGGCUUAUUGAUGGUGGGGCAGAGUGUGACCCACUCUCUAAUGUUGGAACUGGGAUGGGAUUUAAUCAUCCUUCUUCAUCUUUAAUGUCUUCAUCUAUUGCAGCCAACCCAAAUUCAUCUGGUCAAGUUCAAGGGCAACAGCAACUUGCAAACACGUCUGGCAGCCAGAUGUUGAUGGACCAACAACAAUCUCAGCAACUUGAUCCUCAGAAUGUUCAACACAAUCAGCAGCAGUUUUCUGUACCCAGCAAUCCCCAACAACAGCCACAACCCCAGCAACCGCAGCAACAGUUUCAAGCAAUGCGAGCUGGAUUAGGAGGUGUUCGACCUGUUAAGCUGGAGCCACAAGUGACUAAUGAGCAAGCACCUCAGCAACUGCAAGCUAUGCGAAAUCUUGGUUCUGUGAAAUUGGAACCACAGCAAUUACAGAGUGUUAGAAGCUUGGGCCCCGUCAAAAUGGAACUUCAGCAUUCUGACCCUUCUCUGUUCUUACAACAGCAGCAGCAACAGCAGCAGCAGCUCCUCCUGUCCAGGCAGUCCUCUCAGGCUGCUGCAGCUGCACAAAUUUUGCAUCAACAGAGGCUUAUGCAAAUCCAACAUCAGCAACAACAGCAACUCUUGAAAUCUAUGCCUCAACAAAGAUCCCAACUGCAACCACAGUUUCAACCACAGAACUUGCCUAUUAGAUCUCCUGUAAAACCAGUUUAUGAGCCUGGAAUGGGUGCCCGUAGGCUGACACAUUACAUGUACCAGCAACAACAUAGACCUGAAGAUAACAAUAUUGAGUUCUGGAGGAAAUUUGUUGCGGAAUAUUUUGCACCUAAUGCCAAGAAAAAAUGGUGCGUCUCAAUGUAUGGAAGUGGCCGGCAGACUACUGGAGUUUUCCCUCAGGAUGUUUGGCACUGUGAAAUCUGCAACCGCAAGCCUGGUCGUGGAUUUGAGGCCACUGUUGAGGUUCUGCCCAGGCUCUUCAAAAUAAAAUAUGAAAGUGGUACUUUAGAAGAACUACUCUAUGUUGACAUGCCUCGGGAGUACCAGAAUUCGUCUGGGCAAAUUGUUCUGGACUAUGCAAAAGCCAUACAGGAGAGUGUAUUUGAGCAACUUCGUGUUGUUCGUGAUGGUCAGCUACGCAUUGUGUUCUCUCCUGACCUUAAGAUAUGCUCUUGGGAGUUUUGUGCGCGACGUCAUGAAGAACUUAUUCCCAGGAGGUUGCUGAUACCCCAGGUUAGCCAACUUGGCGCUGCUGCCCAAAAGUGCCAGUCUGCUACACAGAACUCGUCAACCAAUGUCUCUGCUUCUGAGCUACAAAAUAACUGCAAUUUGUUUGUGGCUUCAGCUCGUCAACUGGCCAAGGCAUUGGAAGUUCCUUUGGUAAAUGAUUUGGGAUAUACAAAGAGAUAUGUCAGAUGCCUGCAGAUAUCAGAAGUUGUGAAUAGCAUGAAAGAUCUUAUUGAUUAUAGCCGUGAAACUGGAGUAGGUCCUAUGGAGAGCUUAACGAAGUUUCCUCGAAAAACAAAUACUUCACCUGGGUUUCAAGAUCAAGCUCAACAACCUGAAGGUCAGCAGCAGCAGCAAAAACAACAAACAAUGGGUCAAAACUCGAACAUUGAUAAUUCUGUCCAGGCCACAGCUACGCAACGUACCUCUAUUAAUGGCAUCCCAAGUCUUAAUAACACUAUGAACUCAGUGCCUGCUACUUCAUCAACUGGUACCAUUGCUGGGCUGCUUCAUCAAAAUUCAAUUAACUCUCGACAGCAGAAUCCAAUUUCUGGUUCGAACAGCAGCUAUGGAGGUAAUGGUGUUCAGAUGCCAUCUCCAGGUUCUUCAAGCACCAUGCCACAAACUCAACCAGCUCCUUCCCCCUUCCAGUCCCCAACACCAGCCUCGUCAAAUAAUCCACAACCAACUUCACAUAGUAGUUUAUCUGGUGCUCAGGUGAACUCAGUGAAUUCACCUAAUAUUUCCAUGCAGCAACCUUCUCUAUCUGGUGAUGCUGAUGCAAACGAUUCACAAAGUUCAGUCCAAAAAAUUAUACAGGAUAUGAUGAUGUCUUCACAGCUUGGUGGGGGUGGUAUGAUGGGAAUGGGGACAAUGGGCAGUGACAUGAAGAAUGUUAACGGAAUGUUGUCAGCAAGCAGUAAUGCUGGCACAAAUGGCAGCAAUACUCUCGUAGGAAAUGGACUUACUAAUGGCAACCCUGGUAUUGGUGGUUCAGGAUUUGGGAGCAUAGGGAAUGGGCUUGGGCAAACUGCCACAGUAAAUGGGAUUCGAUCAGCGCUUGGAAAUAACUCGCUGUCUAUGAAUGGGAGAGCAGGCAUAACAAUGGCCCGAGAACAGAGCAUGAAUCAGCAGCAGCAGCAGGAUUUGGGUAAUCAACUGCUUAGUGGUCUUGGGGCAGUCAAUGGUUUUAAUAACCUUCAAUUCGAUUGGAAGGCAUCACCUUGAUCCGUGCUAUCAUAUUCUGUUGUUGGGUUUUAAGUAAUAGCUGUUUGUGCAGCAUAGGAAAUCACGACUUUCCAUUGGUCGGGGUGAUGGAAGUGCACUAAGAGAAAAGGGAAAUGCUGGCUAUCUAUACCGACUGUCUUAGGGGAACAGCAGCAACGACCUGGCUGACUGGAUUCUCCUUGUAUCAGUCUUCUGCUUGUGCCCUGCUUUGAAGGUGUCUGUAAACUACUUUUUCUGCUGAGGCCUUCUGGUUCCCUCCAAGGCUCCUACUUUUUCGUAAUAUGUGAGUGUACAUAGUCUGGAUUGCGUUAAGCCAAUCUUAUUGUAGAAGUUUGAAGAGUUGCUAGAAUUGGUUUUCACUCUGUGAUUACUGUAUUCAUCUUUGAUAGUCAUAUGUAAGUGCUUCCUAUAGGUCGCUUGAGUGGUAGGGUCUUCAUAGCUGGCCACCCCACCCUCAACGUGACAGACGAAAAGAAACAGGCCAACUAACCCCAUGAAGUCUGCAUGGGUGUGGGGGCCGAGACAAGCGGCAAAAGAUGAUUCUCUCAAUUGAAAAAGAAAAUACACCUGCUGGGAAGCCUGACAUCCACAUAAUACAAUGGGUUGUGUCAUCAAGGGAGAGGGGAGGAAACUCAAGUCCCCCCCUUUUGUGUUACAACGCAGCGACUCAAAACAUAGCCAAUAUUAUUUGUGGGAGUUGGUCCAAGGAAACAAAACGCAAGCUGGGGUGCCUGUCGUGGAACUUAGCAUACUGAUGGUGUCCUUCAACGCACAAGGGAGAUGGAGAACUCCUAUUCCAAAAGGCAUCAUGAACUUCCCAUCUUACCGUGUUGGAUCGAUUUGGUGUUUAGAAACCCAUGUCAAGCCAAUUAUGUUUCUGAACAUUGAUAAAACAUUUAAAAUUGCAAACGGGAUAUGCUGCGGCGGCUGCUUCCGUUUUUUUAUUUCGUUUACAUUUCAAAUUCAA